AUGACACAACCGCAGAAGACCAUUGCCGUGGUCAACGCGACAGGCCGGCAAGCGGCCUCGCUGAUCCGUGUCGCGUCCGCCGUGGGGUAUUCCGUGCGCGCGCAAAUACAUUCCCUGAAAGGCGUCAUCGCCCCGGAACUCCAACAACUACCCAAUGUGACGCUCCUGCAAGGCCCGCUGCUCGGCAACACCGCCCUGAUGGACGAGCUCUUCAAAGGCGCCCAGCUCGCCUUCAUCAACACCACCUCCCAGUCCGGCGACGAGGUCGCCAUCGGCCACGACCUGGCAGACGCCGCCAAACGCGCCGGCACAAUCCAGCACUACAUCUACAGCAGUAUGCCGGAUCAUUCCGUGCAUGGUCCCUGGCCCGCCGUCCCGCAGUGGGCGCCCAAGUUCACCGUCGAGAACUACAUCCGCCAGCUCGGAAUGCCCUCCACCUUUGUCUACGCCGGCAUCUACAAUAACAACUUCACGAGCCUGCCAUACCCGCUCUUCCAGAUGGAGCUGCUGCCAGACGGGAGCUUCGAGUGGCGUGCGCCGUUCGAUCCGGAAAUCCCGUUGCCGUGGCUGGACGCCGAGCAUGACGUUGGUCCGACGCUGCUGCAGAUUUUCAAGGACGGCCCGAAGAAAUGGAACGGACAUCGGAUCGCGCUCACUUUCGAAACCCUCUCCCCGUUACAGGUGUGCGCGGCGUUCUCGCGCGCCCUGGACCGCCCAUGCCAGUACGUCCGCGUGCCCAAGAUCGAGAUCAAGGUCAACAUCCCGCCGGGAUAUCGAGAACAGCUCGAGGCGCUGGAGGAGCUGUUUGGCCGAUGCGAUGCGCCGUACUUCCCGCAGCCCGAGUUCUCACGGCCCGCCGCGGGCUCGCCGAAGGGUCUUGGACCCGCGGGUGGAAAGGGCGCCGGCGCGGGCAUGAUGCAAGGACCUGGCGGUGUCAUCUCGCUCCGGGUGACGGACGAGUCUCGACAUCUGUGGCAGGGCUGGCGCGACAUGGAAGAGUAUGCGCGUGAAGUGUUCCCCGUAGAAGAAGAGGCUAAUGGGCUGGACUGGAUGGUUUGA